CUAUUCUGUGCUGUUCUCGCUCUCUAGCUCGAGUCUUCCUCCAACUGCGGUGAACUGCACUUUGGUCUAGCUUGUUGCUUUCUGUAGGACUUUGCAAGUCUUGUCUGUUCCCGGGCAGUGUUGGGAGUGAGAUCCAGUAUUGCAUUUGCGCAAACGCUGCCAGUCUAAGUACUUCUGAUGAAGGCCAACUUCAAGUUUUCAAAUCUCUGCGGGACUGUGUACAGACAGGGCAAUAUCGUCUUCACUCCUGAUGGCAACUCCGUGCUUAGUCCUGUCGGCAAUAGAGUGUCUGUCUUUGAUCUUGUGAAUAACAAGUCUCGCACGUUUCCAUUUGAGAAUCGCAAGAACAUCGCGGCCAUUGCGCUGAGCCCGGAUUCUAAUGUGUUGAUCAGUGUAGACGAAGAUGGACGUGCACUGCUUGUCAACUUCCGGAGAGGCGUCGUUCUGCACCAUUUCAACUUUCACAAUCCUGUCAAGUCGAUCAAGUUUUCUCCAGAUGGGAAGUACAUCGCAGUAAGCCACGAUUCACACGUGCAGGUCUGGCGCACGCCGAAUCACCUCAUCCGGGAAUUCGCCCCGUUCAACCUGCACAGGACAUACACUGGUCAUCAUGAUGAGGUGCUGAGCAUUAAGUGGUCCCCUGACUCUCAAUGUUUCCUAACUACAUCGCGGGACAUGACCGCUCGUCUCUUCACACUGGACCCUGUGGAAGGUUUUCGUCCCAAGACGUUCGCCGGUCAUCGAGACAUCGUGAUCAACGCGUACUUCUCUGCUAACGGAAAAAUCAUUUACACUGUAAGCCGAGACGGUGCCGUCUUCACAUGGAAGGCAAAGCCUUCAGAGGAGGCUGACUCGGACGAUGAGCCUCAGUUUGUCGCAUCCUCAUCGACGCUCGCCGACUCGAUCGCACAUACCCGGUGGGGUGUACACCAGCGCAACUACUUCAACCAGCCUGGAACACGCGUCGUCUGCAGCACGUUCCAUCGCCCUUCGGGCUUGCUCGUAGUCGGCUUCUCCACAGGCGUCUUUGGGCUGUGGGAGAUGCCCGACUUUACCAACCUGCACACGCUGAGCAUCUCGCAAGAGAAGAUCUCCUCCGUCGCGGUAAAUACGUCCGGCGAGUGGCUUGCAUUCGGUGCGGCACGCCUCGGGCAGCUGCUCGUGUGGGAGUGGCAGAGCCAGUCGUACGUGCUCAAGCAACAAGGCCACUUUUCGACCAUGAACACUCUCGCGUACGCACCAGACGGUAUGAACCUUGCCACUGGUGGCGAGGACGGGAAAGUGAAAGUGUGGAACAGCACGUCGGGGUUCUGCUUCGUAACGUUUUCGGAGCACUCUGCACCUGUCAGCACCGUGGAGUUCGCCAAGGCUGGGCAGGUCCUCUUCUCUGCAUCGCUUGACGGAACAGUGCGCGCGGCGGACCUCAUCCGGUAUCGUGUCUUCCGGACGUUCACGUCGCCGACGCCAGCGCAGUUCGCGUCACUCGCCGUCGAUCCUAGCGGAGAAGCAGUCGCCGCAGGCUCUCAGGACAACUUCGAGAUCUGCCUAUGGAGCGUGCAGACGGGAAAGCUGCUAGACGUGCUGGCCGGUCACACAGCCCCUGUAUGCGCGCUUGCAUUCUCGCCAACAGGGAACUUGCUCGCCAGUGGAUCAUGGGACCGCACCGUCCGGUUAUGGAACGUGUUCGGGCGUAGCCAUCUCGUCGAGCCAUUCCAAUUAUCAUCCGAGGUGCUUGCGGUGGCGUUCAGACCAGAUGGAAACGAGCUUGCUGUCGCGACUCUCGACGGACAGCUGAUUUUCUUCGACGUGACUCAGGGUCGGCAGACAGGAGCCAUCGACGGCCGCAGAGACGCAGCGCCCGGUCGCAAGGCAGGCGACGUCACUGUUGCCGCAGGAGGCGGAGCGCACAACAGCCUGUGCUACACAGCCGAUGGCCGGUGUGUGCUCGCGGGCGGGCGGAGCCCAUACGUCGCGCUGUACGACGUGCGCGCGGGCGUGUUGCUGAAGCGCUUCCGGACAUCGGACAACCUCAGCCUCGAGGGCACGCAGGAGAUGCUGGACAGUCGGAAGGUGACGGAGGCGGGAAACCUGGACCUCAUCGACCAGCGCGGGGACGAUAGCGAUGUUGACGAGCGGCGGCAGCGUGACGACGAGCUGCCGGGCGCGAAGCGGAACGACCUUGCGCGGAGGCGCGUGAAGGAGGAAGUGAGGACGACAUGCGUGAGGUUCGCACCGACGGGCCGGGCGUGGGCGGCGGCGACCACAGAGGGACUGCUGAUCUACUCCUUGGAUGAAGGCGUAGGGUUCGAUCCUGUGGACCUUGCAAUGGACGUGACUCCGCAGUCCGUGCUGCAGCUGCUGUCGGAGCGGUCAUUCCUUCCUGCGCUGAUCACCGCGUUCCGUUUAAAUGAACGCGCGUUGAUUCAUCGUGUCUUCUGUGCUGUACCGAGAGAUGACAUCCGGCUGGUUGUGCGGGGCCUGCCGCAGGUCUAUGUGGGCCCGUUGAUGCGAUGUGUGGCGGAGGCGCUGGAGGCCAGUCCUCGCGUGGAGUUCGUGAUGGUCUGGGUGAAAGCUGUUCUGGGAACGCAUGGGCGAUUUUUGAGAGACCGUGCGGGCGAGCACGCCAGCGUGCUGAGGUCACUACAGAAGGCGUUGGGUGAAUUUGAGCGGCUGAUUAUGGGAUUAUGCGAAGAGAACAGUUCUACACUGGCGUUCCUUUUAGACCAGAUGAAGCUGAAGCAGGCUGCAGAAACACAGAGCGGCAACGAUGCUGUCAUGCAGGAGGCAUGACUCCCUUCUUCCGCCGCGGCAAAAAGUAACAUACUGUAGUUGUGAUAAUCUCCAUCUAUGAUAUCCAUUAGAAUAGACUGUCGACACGUGAGCGGCAAGACACUAUGAAGAUACCAUGCGAUCCAUCCC